AUCUGUGUACACUCAAACAGACUGAGCCGGAAGGACAAAUACCUAUCCAUACUGCCCAAGUACUCAACCUAAAGAAUGAUCUCGACAAUGAAGCCAAAGCAUUUUGGGGAGUGAAAAGGAGGAGUUGGUACCCCUGGCUGGCAGCUGAACGGGAUGACGGUCUGGUUCCUGGUGAAGAUGCUAAGAAUGAAGAAGAGAUCUUCCAAAGAAGGGAGGAACCCUCAGCAGGGAGCCACUGAGGACUGUAGCAUCGACUCUGAUGACUGGACCAGCUCUGAGAGCGAGCCAGAACAGCUGGGCUUGCGAAAUCCCAACCACCCCCAAUGGCAAGAACAAGGACUGCCCCCCAAGCCGCACCGGCAGCUCUGCCGCUCCCCUUGCCUGGACCAACCCAGCUUCUCCCAGAGCAGCACCCAGCAGGACCCAAAACUCGAAGAGGACAAGCAGCCCCCUGUGGACAAAGAGUACCAGGCCAAAAUGGACUUUGCUUUAAAACUCGGCUAUGCUGGGGAGCAGAUUCAAGCCGUUCUGAGCAAACUGGGCUCAGAUGCCCUCAUCAACGACAUAUUGGCUGAACUUGUGAGGCUAGGGAACAAGAGUGAGGAAGAGGGCCAGAAGAGUGGAGGGGCAGAACAUGGCCAUGCUGCCAGGGACGUGACCAGCCCGGAGCUGUCCCUGGAAGACGAGACUGCGGACAACACCGAGAACCUGAGACCUGUUGUCAUAGAUGGAAGUAAUGUGGCCAUGAGCCAUGGGAACAAAGAAGGCUUCUCCUGCAGGGGAAUACAAUUAGCCGUGGACUGGUUUCUGGAGAAAGGCCAUAAAGAUAUUACGGUAUUUGUACCUGCAUGGCGGAAGGAGCAGUCUCGCCCUGAUGCGCCAAUUACAGAUCAAGAUAUCUUACGUAAACUGGAGAAAGAAAAGAUUCUUGUCUUUACCCCAUCCCGAAGAGUGCAAGGCAGGAGAGUCGUCUGCUAUGAUGACCGUUUCAUCGUCAAAUUGGCUUUUGACUCUGAUGGCAUCAUUGUGUCUAAUGAUAACUACCGGGAUCUUCAGAAUGAGAAGCCUGAGUGGAAGAAAUUCAUAGAAGAGAGGCUACUGAUGUUUUCCUUCGUCAAUGACAAGUUUAUGCCUCCGGAUGACCCCUUAGGGCGCCAUGGCCCAAGUCUGGAAAAUUUCUUAAGAAAGAAACCUGUGAUUCCUGAACAUAAGAAGCAGCCAUGCCCUUAUGGCAAAAAGUGUACGUAUGGCCACAAGUGUAAAUACUACCACCCAGAGCGUGCCAACCAGCCGCAGCGGGCGGUGGCAGAUGAGCUCCGCAUUAGCGCCAAGCUGUCGGCUAUCAAAACCAUGAGCGAGGGAGCCUUGGCCAAGGGUGGCGGUGCAGCCCCAGCGCCUGCUUCCAAGAGUGAACCUAGCUCCGAAGGGAAGCGCGUCACUCCCAAGCGUCAGUCAGAUCCCAGCAUCCGGUCUGUGGCUGUGGAAACUGAGGAGAGACUGCCUAUCAUUCGGAAACCUGAAACCAACUCGGCCCCCUCCCUGGUGACGGCACUGAGUGUCCCCACACUUCCCCCUUCCAAAAGCCAUGCGGCAGGUGCCCUGAACACCCGCUCUGCAAGCAGCCCAGUGCCUGGUUCCUCACAAUUCACCCAUCAGAAAUCUUCCCUGGAACAUACAGCCAGUAUGCAAUACCCACCCAUCCUGGUCACCAAUAGCCAUGGCACCUCUGUCGGCUACACUGAGCAGUACCCAAAGUAUGAGUCUUUGGGGGAUCAUGGCUACUACUCCUUGAUGAGUGACUUCUCUAACCUAAGCGUCAACAGUUGCCGUGGUGCAGACUACUACGGGGCUGAGCCGGACCGUCACGCCCGCAGCAUGUAUUCUCGCAAUGCCAGCCCCUGCCAUGACAAACACAUGAGCCAUACAAGUAGUGAUCCUUAUUCCUCGUACAGCGAUUUGUAUUUGGGCGUAGUAGAUGCCAGUCAGGAAGAUGCUAUGAAGGUGAACCGAUCGUGCUCACAAAACCAUCUCCAGCCUUUUUCACAUGGUUACCAUGAAGCCUUAACAAGAGUGCAAAGUUAUGGUCCAGAUGAACCCAAGCAGGCUCCCCCUAAACAUCCAGCCCCCCGAUUAGUGUUGCAUGCCCAACACCCAGUAGUUGGAGCCCGAUCUAGUUGUCCUGGAGACUACCCUGUGCCUCAGAGCAUCCACCCCCCCGGCGCAGCUCCGCCAGGCCGAGCAUUGGUGAUGACGCGGAUGGACAGUGUUUCUGACUCCCGCCUCUAUGAUGGCAACCCAAUGAGGCAGAGGCGGCCACCCCUGUGCCGGGAGCAGCACGCCAGCUGGGACCCUCUGCCCUAUCCUGCUGCCGACUCCUACAAUUAUCACUCUUAUCCUUUGAGCACCAACCUCAUGCAGCCCUGUUACGAGCCGGUCAUGGUGAGAAGCAUGCCCGAAAAGAUGGAGCAGAUCUGGAGGAAUCCCUGGGUUGGGAUGUGUGGCCAGCCAAGGGAACAUCACAUGAUCCCCGAACACCAGUACCAAACCUAUAAGAACCUCUGCAACAUCUUCCCAGUCGGCAUCGUUCUCUCGGUGAUGGAGAAGAAUCCUCACAUGACUGAUGCGCAGCAGCUGGCAGCCAUGAUUGUGGCCAAGUUGAGAUCGGGACGCUAAUGGGGGCGC